AUGUCCCUACUAGCCCUCACGCUCGUCUCGUUCGUCUCCGCCGCCCCCCUCCAGGAGCGCCAGUAUACAACCAACACGCAUGUGUCUGUUAGGCGGGGCCUCUCCCCCACCUUCAUCGGCAUCAUCGUUCUUUGCUGCUUCGUCGGCGUGAGCAUCUUCGUCUGCUUGUUUUUGUAUUGCCGGAGGUCCUAUCACCCCACGGGCACCGCGCACAGCGUGCCACCGGUCUACGAAGCGAACGCAAGCCAAGUCCAGCCCGCAUACGCGAACGCGACCCAUGUCCAACCCGCGUCCUACGCAGACGCGCCCCGAAGGUACGGCGUGCCGCCAUACGAUGUGGAGAUGCCCGCGCCGAGCUACAAGAGCGGCGCACGGCGCAGCAAAAGCCACUCUUACUCAUGGAACUCGCACUCCUUGGCGCACGAUAGUGCCAUGAGCGCGCAUCACACCGCGCACAACCAUGCCGUGAGCGCUGCUCACCAUACCGCUCAUUAG